AGGCGCACGGGGAUUGGUCCUUUCGAAGGGCCGGCGGGCGGCAUGGCGGCGGGCGGGCGGCGGGGCCAGCGCUCGGGGGAGCUACCGCCGGCGGAGCGACCGGCCGCGCUGCCGGCCGCCCUGGCGCGGUGGCAGCUGCGGGACGUGAGCCCAGUGUGGGUGGAGGCGGUGUGGGACCUGGAUUUCACGGACACCGAGCCCCUGGACGCCAACCUGGCAGCCGACAUCGCGGGAGACGGCCUCGAUGCCUUCACCCGGCUCUACCAGUGCCUGGCGCCCUUCGCUUCGGAGGCGCAGGGCAGCAGCGAGAAUAUCUGGACCGUGUUUGCUGAAAACAACUUCUCUCAUAAAGCGCUUGUGGCUGUGCUGCAUCACUUUGUCCAAGCAGGGCAGCAUAAAAGAGCUCAAGCACAGCAGAGGGUUUACGCUCUUCAUGCUGCUGGGUUGUACUUCUUACUGCUGGAGAUCCCAGGCAGCGUAGUUAACCAGCUGUUCCAUCAAGUGAUGUUUGAUAAGUGUCUUCGCACUCUGACAAAAAGUUGGCCUCAAGAACAGGAUCUGAUGAAGAAAAGAAAGAAGAUGCAUACUCAAAGCUCUCAGACCAAUGCAAAAAGAAAUAGAAAGAAAGGAAAACCAUGCAGGAAUGGCAAAUCCGAUAUGGAAGAGUCAUUGGAAGAGGAGCAUGAGGAUGAAGAGAAUUGUGAAAAUGCUUACUUUUCAACGGAUGAUCUUCUACAAAUUCGCAACUCAAUCUUCAUUCUUCUGAAAAACUUGUUAAGACUUCUGCCUAAAUUAUCCCUAAAAGAAAAACCUCAGUGUGUGGAGAACUGCCUGCAGGUCUUCCUUGCAAUGGCAAGGUUUGAGCCGACGGUACAGGAGUUUGAGUUCGAGUUUUCAGUAGCAACGAAUGUCGACAAAGCCAAGUACAUUCCCGAGCUGGCGUAUCAUGGGCUGUGGUUACUGUGUUCCCUUCUACACGGUACAGAAGAUAAGAUUCUUCGUUGUGUCUUCCAGCGAAUUCUCAAUAUCAUUCUUAUGCUGGAAAGCGAUGUGUCUUCCAGAAGUGUAGUCCUUGCAAUCACGCCGGCUGUGAUCAGUGCCAGGAAUCAGGCUAUAAAAUUCAUCAGUUCUGUAGUAGAUGAGCUGAAAGAAGUUGUAUUUCCUGUUCUUCGAAUAUUGCUGCAACAUAUCUGUACCAAGAUCCCAGAUAAGGCUGAUUAUCGCACAUACGCUGCACAGGCCUUGGUGAAUUUGCUGAAUAAACUCCCUUGCGUAGAGUUUGCUGACUUCAUCGCUUGGCUUUAUAAGUACUCACACCACACCAAAGUUGCCUACAGAAUGUUUGCUCUUGACGUAGUGUUAGCUCUGUUGGAUGUGCCAGAGAGGAAGUCGGACAGCUCCCUGUCCCUGGAUCAUCGGAAGUUUCUAGAUCAUAAGUUUUUAGUACGGGUCAUAGUGUUUGGCAGGUGUUUGGACAAAGCAGCCGUCAUCCGUAGCAAAGCUUUAAGUGUCUUUGCCCACUGUCUUGAAAUGAAAACUGCUGCUGACUUGGAGAGUGUGCGGGGCUUACUACAAAGCUCUUCUGACUGUACAGGCUUGGAAGAAAACACAAACACUGAGAAUUUGACAGUCAGUGCAGAAGCUACGUCCAACCAUACAGUGAAGACCUUAGCAACUUUCAGAACUAUUGAGUUGACAGACAGCAGUGAUACUACUGUGCUUAAUGGAAAAGAAUUCAUGGCCAUGCUGAGACUGAGAGCCAAAGAUGAGAAAACCAACGUGAGGAAAUCUGCUCUCCAGGUUUUUAUGAACAUCAUGAAGCACAAAGUGAUCCCUUUUACUGCAGAAGAUCUGUCUAUUCUUCAGGAUCGUUGCCGGGACCCUGCUGUUUCUGUGCGGAAGCAGGCCUUGCAUUCUAUAACAGAGCUCCUUGUGGUUCAGCACAACAAUGUUCUGGUGCAGAAGGCCUGGUUAAAUGGGGUGGUGCCUGUUGUGAUGGACACUGAAAGUUCUGUCCAAGAAAAGGCCUUGGAUUGCCUUGAUCAGCUCUUGUUGCAACAUAUAAAAAAUUACAAUAAAUUCAGCAGUAAAGAUGCAAAGCAGGCUUUAGCGUGGGAUCUCCUUACCCUCUUGACUUCAGAAAGCCAGGAGAUAAACCGUUACUUGAACAAAGCUUUUCAUAUAUGGUCCCAACAGAAGAAGUUCACCACCACUUUUGUUAAUAAUGUCAUGUCUCAUGUGCAAACGGAGCAUGCUGUAUCGGCUUGGAUGUUGCUUGCGAAGGUGGCAGCUUCCUCACCCCAGCUGGAUUAUUCCAAGGUCAUUGAAUCCUGGGACAAUGUCAGCAGGCAGCAGGACAUGAGCGCUGAUACUACAGGACAUAUACUGUGUGUCAUCGGUCAUGUUGCAAAGCACCUCCCUAAAAGCACCUGUGAGAGGCUGAUUGGUAAUAUCAAGUGCUGGCUGUGGGAAUUUCAGUGUCCCUUGGAGGUGAUUAGCCCAGCUGUAGAAACUCUGCAGAAGCUCUGCCAUGUGUGUGCAGAUGUGCUGGAGGAGGCACAGGAGCUGCUCAACCAGGUGUGUGGAGAUUUAGUAUCCACCUGUGAAAGCUAUAUUUCGAAUAUAGUCUUCAAAGAGGGUGGAGCAGAGAACCUGCAAGAAGAUCUCUUGGUGAGACACCUCUUCAUCUUGGGAGAGGCUGCACAGCUGUGUCCAGCCAAAGUGGAGAAGCGCAUCUUUCUUUUGAUCCAGUCCAUUCUGGCCUCUCCUGUCAGUAAGGACCAAGUGUCUGCUUCUCCAGAUUGUGAGGAAAUUUCAGCUUCUCAGCCACUGUCCCAAUUCAGAGGAUCGGUCAUGCCUUCGGUGGUCAGAGCUCAUGCGUUCAUUACUCUAGGUAAAUUGUGUUUACAGCACGAGGAUCUGGCAAAGAAAUGCAUUGCAGCUCUAGCGCGAGAGCUGGAGGUGUCGCAUGAUGUGGCCGUUCGCAAUAAUGUUGUCAUCGUUAUGUGUGAUCUCUGUAUCCGCUACGCAUCCAUGGUGGACAGAUACAUUCCCAACAUUUCGCUGUGUUUGAAGGACCCAAACCCCUUCAUCCGUAAGCAGACGCUGAUCCUGCUUACCAACCUUCUGCAGGAGGAGUUUGUGAAAUGGAAGGACUGUCUCUUCUUCCGUUUUGUCAGUGUCCUGGUCGAUCCAAAUCCAGAUAUUGCCAGAUUUGCUGAGUUCUGCCUGGUGCAUCUCUUACUGAAGAGGAAUCCAGUAAUGUUCUCCCAGUACUUCAUUGAGUGCAUCUUCCAUUUCAAUAGCUAUGAGAAACAUGAGAAGUACAACAGGUUCCCCCAGAGUGUGCGGGCAAAGAAUCUCUUCUCUCUGAAGGGGAAAGAUAACAAAGAAAAAAGGAUGCAUAUCUACAAGUUCCUGCUAGACCACUUUACGGAUGAGCAGAGGUUCAGCAUUACAACGAAGAUCAGCCACAGUGUCCUAGCGUACUUUGUGGAUAACGUCCUUCCAUUGGACCUGGAAGCCAGUGAGCUGCUCUCGGAUACGUUUGAAGUCCUUAGCUGCAAAGAAAUCAAGCUAUCAACGAUGAGAUCAAAACCCGAUGAAGACAUUCAGCCUGAUGAAGAUGAAAUGGCAAUGGCCAAUGCUGUCAUACAGGCAGCACAAAAAAAGCUCAUCUCGCAGGUCCAAAAGAAGAACUUUAUAGAAAACAUCAUCCCAGUAAUCACGUCACUCAAGUGUUUGAUGGAGCAGAAGAGGAUCCCAGCUGUUAAGGACCUUAUGAAUUACCUGCGGGAAAUGAUGCAAGAUUACCGAAAUGAAAUCAAAGACUUCUUUGCUGUGGACAAGCAGCUGGCAGCCGAGCUGGAGUACGAUAUGAAGAAAUAUGAAGAGCAGCUGGCCAGGGAGAAGAACGCAGACCAAGAGCAGGACUCGGCAGCGCAGCCUGAGGUGCAACCUCCGUCUUUGGAGAGAGCUGCAACUCCUGGUCGCUGCAGUAGUAAUGCAAGUGGGAAACGGUCCUCGCUACCUAGAUCAAGUCCUUUCUCUGUGCAUUCCGAAUUUACUGCGCGUAGUCCUGGUGUUCCGAAACACCCACUACUGAGUCGCAGGCCAGCAUCCUUGAGCACAUUGUCCAUCCUGAACUCUGCCAAGAAAGAAACAGAAGCCAGAAGCAAGCAACACAGCAAGAGCGUCGGAGGAACGGCUUCAUCACUUCCAUUAAGCACUGCUGGCAGCAAGCAAGUGUCCUUUCAAAGCCUGAAUCGACAGUCUACCAGAAUAAAUGAUUCUGUGGUGGGCCGUGCAAUAAGCACACCAAAACAGAACAUUAAUGACUUCACUUUUAGUGCGGGGCUCAGUAACAUCAGAUUGAUGGAGACACCUGGUUCAGCUCUAGAGAAUAAAGAGGCUGACUGUGAGUCAAGAGGUAUCAUCUGUUUGCUAGCACCAGAGAAACCCCCGUCCCUGCCACGGGAGUGGAAAGUAGAAUCCCCAGCAAGGAAAAAAAGCAGCCAGCAAGUCCCUCUAAGACUGUCCCGGCGGCGAACUCCACUGAAACCAGACAACUGUUGCUUUCCUUGAACAUUUUUUGUACAGAAUCACCAUGUUGCCUAGAAUCUGUCCUUUUCCUCUGCAAUUAUAAAUCAUUGUGGGCACGUCAUUCCUUCUUUAUCUAUUCUUAUUUGGUUUUUCCAUGAAACUGUCUAGAAUACGGCCCUAUACAAAGCCUGCAUUAACAGAUGUAUUUAUAAGCUGCCGCUGUUGACAAAGCUUACUGGAGUGCUAGAACACUGCGGUAUAAAGGGAGGCUUGCUCUUCACUCGCAGGAUGUAUAAUUUGUCCAUCUGGAAAAGUAAGAGCAUAAUGCUGCCACAAGCUUAGCAUUAAAUUCAUUUAUCACAGCUUGCAGGGAAGUGAGUGGCUCAGCUUUGUUCCCUCGAUCCCUCAUUGUCCCUCUUGGUUAUAUACUAGAGUUGCUUUAAUUUGAACAAAGGUGAAACAGCUUGUCACUGCCACACCCCUAAAUCUGGUAAUUGCACGCUACAUCACCUCUUAUUUGUUGUGCAAACUCCUGUGUGUAUGAACAGCGUUAAUGUUCUUUUAUAUGGAAUAUUUCCAUUCUUGAACUAUGUUAUUUUCAACUAUUAACAUUUUAUGAAAAUAAAUGGUUACAGAAUUAAUUCCA